UGCCGGCGCACUGUACCCGGACUGUACGGCAUCACGGCUCGCCUUGGACCGCGGCGUCCCUGCCGCUAAUUUCUUCACUUUUAGUCGCUCUCGACUUGAAUCGAUUAUUCCGAUUUUAUUUCAUCCUCUCCCUUUGUUCGCAGUCGUCGUCGGUGGUGAGAGGGGGAGGGGGAGCCAUGUCGGCUCCAGGACGCGAGCUGCAGCGCGACAACGGUUCUGCACAUAACUGGUACCCAGCCAUCCCACAGCUUGGCCCCUACAAUGCUUACCCCUACCAGUCCCAGCCUGCUCACUCGGUGGACACAAACGGCCUGGUAUUCCCUCCCACGUCCUACCACCACCACAACCACCACCCUCCCCUUUCCGCACAGCACCCCUACGGGCAUCACACCAUGCCACCACUGACCAGUGGGCAGCCACCGGGGAGCCUAGCUCCUGUGGUGGGGCAGUCGCCCCUCCCGGGACACCUCACUGGUGCCCCAAGAGGCCUUCCUCCUCCCAUGCAGCACCGGAUGGCGACGCCCAAUGUGCAGGCAGGGGAACCGUAUGGACCAAGAAAACCCUCACAGCCUUACGCGGCCAUGCCUAUGUCUCAUGAACGUUGUCCUCCUCCUCAACUGGCGACCACACGUGGCCCACCCCUCGAGCCGAAUUGCUACCAGAAAGGGCCCGCCUCAAGUUAUGGCUAUCAGACGCAUGCUGGGUUCUUCCAGCAAGUCCCGAAUGUGACGGCAACGACCCCGUACGCUUUGCCGCCCGGCCACCAAGCGGCAGCAACGGCGGCGCCCACCCCACGGCCGCCGGCAGCAGCAGCAGCAGCAGCUUCGGCGACCCUGCGACCCCCAAGCAGCAAUGCCGCUGCUCCUCAUCGCUCAGCGCUGGCAACUGCUGCUUCUGCCUCAGGAACACAGCAGCAGCAGCAGCAGCCCAGGAGCGAGGCCGACAUGACCACGAGACGACCGCUGCCAGCAGCUAACUUCACCACCAGCGCGCAUCCACCACGAUCACAGGCUACACCAGGCGUGGUGCCGCCGGCCGCGCCGAACGCGCAGAACGCGCCGAAUGCGGAGUCCAUGGGGCCCGCUCACUCAGCCGAAGCAGCGUUUACGAGUCAUCCGACGCACCUGAGCGCCGGCUAUCCUACAGGGAUGAGAGCCGUCAGCUCAUCAUACUGUGACGGCUCCGGCACCGCUACGCCUUUAUCCUCCUCGUCUGCAGCUGACGACGACUCAGAUUCAGACGCUUCCUGCAGCAGUGACCUUCAAGAGAACUGUGGCUAUGAUGCCCUGGAGGAUGGUGGCUAUUCUGACUUGGAUGCUACACACACCUGCCUCGAUCGCCCCCCAGUGUCCAGCGCCCAAGGGAAUCCACCACAAGAAUACAGCCCCAUGAAGCUCAAUUGCCAGCAGUCUACCUACUCUAAUUCGCCUGCACACAUUGGAAAGCCUGCUCAACAGGGCGGCUCCUCCGGGCUGGGCGAGCUGAGCGCACGUAUGCAGGGUCUAGCGCUGCAGCGGUCUCCGCGAGACACCUCAGGGAUGCCCUACGACGACACGCGACCCGUUGACCUGCUGCAGGAGCGCUUCGUGCUGCCGCCCACGCCCACGCCCGCCCCGAGGCCCCGCAUCCACUCGCACCUCAGCAAGCGCAACUGCAGCCCCGAGGUUCUGCGGUCCACGCUCACGAACCUGCCCCAGUCGCCGGCGCUGCUGGCCAAGGCCAAGCUUCCCCUGGGUCUGGUGCUGCAUCCCUUCAAAGAUCUCGCGCAGCUGCCGGUCAUCACGUCGAGCGUCAUCGUGCGGUGCCGCUCGUGCAGAACGUACAUCAACCCAUUCGUCGCGUUCAUCGAUCAGCGGCGAUGGCGGUGCAACAUCUGCUACAGGAUCAACGACGCUCCCGAGGAGUUCAUGUACAACCCGAUAACGCGCAGCUACGGGGAGCCGCAGAAACGGCCCGAAGUGCAAAACUCCACCGUCGAAUUCAUCGCUCCCUCUGAGUACAUGCUGCGGCCGCCACAGCCGGCCGUCUACCUGUUCCUCUUCGACGUAUCGUAUGGCGCCAUCGACUCGGGAUACCUCUCCAUGGUCUGCGAGUCUCUGCUUGAAAACCUGGACAGGCUGCCUGGAGAUUCCCGUACCAAGAUCGGCUUCGUCACUUUUGACAGCAGCGUUCACUUCUACCAGAUGCACGAGAGCCUCUCGCAGCCGCACAUGCUGGUCGUUCCCGACAUCGACGAUGUGUUCAUCCCAACGUCAGAACAUCUGCUUGUCAAUCUGCAGGACAGGAAGGAGCUGGUGCGGGAGCUGGUGCGAGCGCUGCCCGGGCGGUUCCGGCGCACGCACGAGACUCGCAGCGCGCUGGGGCCCGCGCUGCAGGCCGCGCACAAGCUCGUGGCGCCGACCGGCGGGCGCGUCACCGUCUUCCAAACGCAGCUGCCCAACCUGGGUCACGGCGCCCUCCAGUCACGCGAGGACCCCAACGUGCGCGCCAGCACCAAGAAUGUGCAGCACCUGCGACCUGGAACGGAUUUCUACAAGAAGCUGGCCCUGGACUGCUCCGGUCAUCAGAUUGCUGUGGACCUUUUCCUGCUCAGUGGACAGUAUGCAGACCUGGCUACCUUAGCGUGCGUCUCAAGGUACUCGUCGGGCGCGGUGUACUUCUACCCGUCGUUCCACCGCGUGCACACGCCUGUGCAGGUGGAACGGCUGGAGAAGGACCUGCAGCGAUACCUCACACGCAAGAUCGGCUUCGAGGCCGUCAUGAGGAUACGCUGCAGCAAAGGGGUGUCUAUCCACACGUUCCACGGGAACUUCUUCGUGCGCUCCACCGACCUCCUGUCGCUGCCCAACGUCAACCCGGAUGCUGGCUUCGCCGUACAGAUGUCCAUCGACGAGACCCUGACGGACACGACGCUCUGCUCCUUCCAGGCCGCGCUGCUCUACACAUCCAGCAAAGGCGAUCGUCGAAUCCGGGUGCACACGCUGUGCCUGCCUGUAGUAAACACUCUGGCCGAGAUCUACCACGGAGCAGACGUUCAGGCCAUCACGGGCCUGCUCGCCACCAUGGCGGUGGAGCGGUCGGUGACGUCCAGCCUGCCCGACGCGCGAGACGCCCUGGUGAACGCCGUGGCCGACUCCCUGUCCGGCUUCCGCUCCACGGUCUCCAACCUGCAGCAGGGCGGCCUCGUCGCGCCGCGCUCGCUCAGCCUGCUGCCGCUCUACGUGCACGCCCUGCUCAAACACACGGCGUUCCGGCUCGGCACGAGCACGCGCCUGGACGAGCGGGUGUUCGCCAUGUGCCAGAUGAAGAGCCAGCCGCUCGUGCACCUCAUGCCUAUGAUCCACCCACACCUGUACCGCAUCGACAACCUCAUGCAGCAGGUAACCAUGAACAUCAACGACAAGAGCGUCCCACAGCCUCCCAUCCUCCAGCUGUCGUCUGAGCACCUCAACACGGACGGGGCCUUCCUCCUCGACUGCGGCAGCGUGCUGUACAUUUGGGUCGGGAGGAACUGCAGCAACCGAUUCAUCAAGGACGUCCUUGGUUUUCCCAACUACAUCUCCAUUCCGAACACAAUGGUCGAUUUGCCCGAACUGGACAACACCACGUCAGAGAGAACGAGAGACUUCUUGUCGUGGAUUCGAGAGCCAAGGCCCUUCCAUUCCACGCAGCACAUCAUCAAGGACGACAGCACCAACAGGAUGAUCUUCAUCGAGCAUCUUGUGGAAGACAGGUCCGAGUCUUCGAUGUCAUACUCCGAGUUCCUGCAGCACAUACAGCGACAGAUCUGCAAGUAGGAAAAUGGAGUUUCGCUGGUGCUUAUGGAUCCUUGGUAUUGGCCUCAAGUGGAAAAGCAGAGAUGCUUUUUUUUGUUAGCUGGUUUUUUUUUGGGUGCAGUUUUUUGGAUUAGGUGUUCUGUCAGAGCUCAUGAAUGUUGAUGUGGAAUUAACUGGUUUAACGGCGAGAGAGGCCGGUGGACUUGUGGUGGUGCUGCCUUUUAAAAUGCAGGCCAGCCGUCGGCAAGGAAUGGGGCAGGACCAUUGUGGGGCUCUGCACAGUACGUUUCAGAGCACAGCUACACCAGCGAAACUGUCAAUGCAGGAAUGUGUGUGUAAUCAACAUGUCGAUACCCUAGAGUUCAGACUAAGAUAUUGUGAAAUAUAAAAAAAAAGUCAAUUGCUGAAUGUGCCGUAUUACAUAUGACAGAUCAAUUACGUGGUCUUAACCUUGAAUGCAUCUGACACAGUUAAUUCCAGAAUUGAUGAGAACGUUCUAAAAACGUAUCCAAAAAUGUAUCCAAAAUUGAUCAAAUUGUUUCGCAACAACUUGAAUUGCUUGGCACAGCCCAUUAGGCUCAUCGCUUUUUGGAUUGAGGUGCCAUGUGUUUUGGCUUUGGGGCCAAAUACUAUUUCAAAAAGCUGAUUAAUGUUUUUUUUGUUUGUCAAACGGCUGUGUUUUUGAGGAUGAACGAACCCCAUGCCUGGUUUACUAAGAGAUGUGCACGUAUAUAAUUUGUACUCACUGUAUCAACCCUUUCUCACGUGUCGAGUUAAUUUUCCUCUCUAAUUUUGUGCAAAAAAUAAAUCCACACCUGGCAUUUU